AUGGCGUUAGAAAAUGAUAAAUCGCCGCCAAAUGAUGUACAUUCAACCAAUCAAGGAGUUGAGCCACAAACAGAGAUCGAAAGCAUUGCAGAAGUUACUCAAAUGCUACGAUAUCGCAGAUGGAGCCGAAGAGAGAUUCUUGUGCUCAUCCAAGGUAAAAACAUGGCAGAAAGUCUGAGAAGGGAAAAACGUAGAUCUACUUCAUCAAAUCAGGCGAAAUCAAAAUGGGAGGUCGUUUCGUCAUUCUGUAAGAAAAAUGGCAUGAAAAAAAGAGCGGUUCAAUGUCAGAAAAGGUGGAGUAAACUCAUGGUAAUUUUUAGAGAGAUAAAAAAGAGGGAAUCGGUAAUAAAAGAGGUAGCUAAAUCAUUCUGGAACAUGACAUCAACUGAAAGAAGAGGGUUGAAACUACCCGGAUUUUUUGAUAAGGAUGUUUAUGAUGCAUUGGAUGGAAAGCUCACUUCAAUUACACUAAAUCAAGUUAUUUUGGAGGCAACAAAUGAUCAAUGGCAAGAAGAUGAUGAUACAAAUGAUGAGAAUACAUCAAAAGAGAUACAAGUUGCAACACAUGAUCCAACAAAGAAAAUAUCAAGUGUGGAUAAGAAGGAACAAGUAAUAAACUGCCAAGAAGAAGCAUCAUCGGAGGAGUCAUACAAAAGAAGAAGGUUUUCCCAGAAUGAGAAUGAAGAUUUCAACAUGGAGUCUCAGUUGAUCGAAUCUAUUGGUCAGAUAUACAACAUACUGAAAACAUAUUUUGAAGCAAACAAUGUGACAGAGAAAAGCAAGGAGCAUAAAAGUGCAUUGGUUAAUGCUUUAAACAAGAUAGGAGAUGCACUUGAAAUGAUUGCAGACAAACUCUAG